GUCCCACUUUCGCUCACGGCACAAGAGCUUACGCUCCAGGAGUCCAAGACGUACAUGCGCUGGUACAGUGACAUUCUAGCCCGAACCAACAGCAGAACUAUCACCAUGGUUGACGUUUUCAACUUUCUCGUCAACUUUCGUAUUACACAAGCUAUCAAGGAGAAGAUUUCUAAGAUCUUUCUGAAGAUCGUCUACUCCAUCAACAUCGGCGAAUUCUUUGCUUUGCUCCGUUUGAUCAGUCACACUCUUUCAGGUGAAGAGCCAAGCCGCCGUUUGAUCAAGGUCAAAGCACCGGUUCCCACUCCGCCAUCUAUCUUCAUUAACAGCAGUAAUAACAUAGAAAAUGAUGUCUCGUCUUCUAGAAAUGGUGACACUCCUCACGAGAACAAACCUCUUGAUCUCGACUCUUUCACCCAAUUCUUGCUUACAGGUGAAAGACCAGGCGAAGUGCCCAAAAAGAAACGGUCCAAAAAGUUGAAAUCUGUGAAAUUCUCAGACCAGAUAGUCACGGAUAUCCACGAUGACUUCAUGGCCUCUCCCUUACCGUCGCCGCUGCCUCUGUUGGACUAUUCAUUGCCGAUGGACCAGCUACUUGACCGAAUGAAACAAGGAUCUGCUCCACAGCAACAGCAACAGCAGGUAGACGAAGAUGAGCAGGAGGUAUUGAAAGAGAUGGAGUCACAAAUCAACCAUUUCCAAAACUUGCAUAAUGUAGACACGGCCCUGAUUGGGGGAGUACCGCUGAGUAUCCAUUUCCAUGACGGGAACUCGUCGGAACACUUGCUUCGUCCUAACAUGACCGGUCCGGCUCAGAUGGCACGGAUGUUUAGCCCUUCUCCAGAACCGGAAUUACUCAAGCCUAACAUGACUGGACCCGUCCAGAUGGCUCAAUUGUACAAUAGAAGACAAGACGACGAUUUGUCGCCCGCAGUGGGCGUAACCAACCCAACAGAUAUGGCACGGAUGUUUGCUCCUUCGGCCCAAGAUCUGACUCUGGCUCAAAUCGCGUCUCUGGAGGUGCCCAGAAUAUCGCUUCAGUCGUUCACUAGUCAGAUGACAGGAAACACACUAGCCAACACCCAGCAGAACGGACAAAUCAGAGACACUUCUUCUCCUAGACCACCCUCUAACUCUUUUUCUUCAGGUAGACCCAUUCCACCUCCGCCGGUUCCACCUCCACCUCCCCCUUCCAGAAGAAGAGGGCCUUCCAUUUCUAGUCCGCAACCACCGCCCCUUCCACCUAAAGUAACUGCUGGUCAGACGAAUGAAGACAAUAGUAACAACUACAAUAACGAUUACAAUAGUUACAAUAGCAACUAUGGCAACAUUGCCAAUCCGGCACCGACUGUUACGUUCAACAACUACAAUAAUGGUAGCAAUAACGACACGUCGUUCUACAAUAACCAGGAAGCCAGUGACAGCACUGCCAAUAUCUUGGACGACCUUAAGGCUUUACAAGCAGAAGUAGAUAAGAUUAGAGAUAUGACAGGAGGGUUUUGA